GACCACCACUCCGUCACUUCAGAGAGCGGAACGCCAUUAGGCUGAUGGCAGAGCUUCAUCAGGAGUGAAUCAGUGUUUAAUAGUGGAAUUAGUGCGAAGACUUCAUGCGAAGCGUAGAUUGGUGGCUCUUUGUUUGUGUUGCUGUCAUCUGAGGAUCUCUAUGGCUGCUGUGAUCGGCUAGGGGUUCGAAUCAGGCUUUGUUUUCACGUUAGGGAGAGAGUUUGGGCAUGGCGGCGGCUGGAGGGAAGACGUACUCGUUCAAGGUGGUGCUGCUGGGGGAGGGUUGCGUCGGUAAAACAUCGCUGGUGCUGCGAUACUGCGAGAACAAAUUCAACGACAAACACAUCACCACCCUUCAGGCAUCGUUCCUUACAAAGAAGCUCAACAUCACAGGAAAGAGAGUGAAUCUGGCUAUAUGGGAUACGGCUGGUCAGGAGCGUUUUCAUGCCCUUGGACCCAUCUACUACAGAGAUUCCAACGGCGCAAUAUUGGUGUACGAUGUCACAGAUGAGGACUCGUUUCAGAAGGUGAAGAAUUGGGUAAAAGAAUUAAGGAAAAUGUUGGGAAAUGAGAUCUGUUUAUGUAUAGUAGGCAAUAAAAUUGACCUGGAAAAAGAGCGACACGUUUCAGUGGAGGAAGCAGAGGGAUAUGCAGAGUCAGUGGGUGCAAAACACUAUCACACAUCAGCCAAAUUAAACAAAGGCAUUGAGGAGCUGUUUCUGGACCUGUGUAAACGCAUGAUGGAGACGGCUCAGGUGGAGGAGAGGUCUAGGGGGAACGGUGCCAGUCAGACAAGCACAGCCCGGAGAGGCGUACAGAUCGUUGACGACGAGCCGCAGACUGCCAUGCCUGCCGGAGGCUGUUGUACAUCCGGCUAAACACACUUACACCCUUUUACCAUACCUGGGACUGAUAACGGCCUCUUUCGCCCUCCUCUGUGUAAGAACUGCCACUUCCCACAGCUACACUUAUCUGCGACUGCUCUACAGCUCUGUCGAGGCUUUGCUUUAACAGUUUAUUCCUUAUUGAAACGGUUGAUUUAUAACUCCACCCUUUUGCCGGCAGACUUUAGGGGAGAAAAGAUGCCAGACUGACCUUCACUUAGGCAAAUUAUUACAAAUAGGUACCAAACGAUAACGCCCAAUCUUAUGAAACACACAUGCACUGAUACAUUUCCCUAACAAUCUGAUGUUAGCUUUUUUUUUUUUUUGGCAAGGUGUUGUGCAUGUAGAAUCUUUAAAAUCCUUGUUUUAUUUUACGUCUAAGAAAAAAAAAGAAAUUCUUUAUUAUUUAAUAACUUAUUUACAAUUUCAUCAAACAUCUACAUGUCCAAAGACCUUUGUACUUCUUGUGUCAUUCUUAUACAGUCUCAUCCUCCUGUCAUUCAUAUCUUCUGUAUCUUUCUUAAAAAUGCAACAUUAAAGUCCUUCUAGAACAUUUAAA